GUAUUCGUUCUUCUUCACCACCUGACCUGGAAGGUACAACGAGCUAGUCAAGGGGACCAACAAGUCCUUGGAGCCUGUUCCAUCUUGGCUCUUCUCCAAGUUGUCAAUACUUGCGACACAGUCCCUGAGCUUGGCCUGUGCGGUUUGAAGUGCUUGAAGCGAUUGGGUAAAAUGCUGGAUCUCUUGGUCUAUCUGCUUGCGGACUUCCACAAGCUGCUGUGGUUGAAGCUUGGUCAAGUCUAUCUGUUGUUGCGGAGCAGCCAUGGUAAUGUUGAUUAAACUUGUGUCAGCUCUGAAAAAUGGAUAGUUCUACUCAGUCUUCUGGAGGUUUAUUUCCAUGCGAGGUCACGUGAUCAUCGGUAUCGUGACUUAUACUGGAGCUCCAUCUGGAGAUCUCCCACCAGGCCUAACAUGGGAAACGAUGGAGGAACCAUAGCGAAGAGGAAGGACUUGAUCUCCUUGCAUUCACUCAAUGACAGUGCACCCAAAACCGGCGAGGACAAUGAAAGUACCUUACUUGUUACGUGCGGAAUCUCGUCGCUUCCGUUGGAUCAAGGACCAGUGGUAGGCGACUGGAAGGGUCAACUAUACCUCAAAGAGAAGGCAUUAGAGCACAUCUUGGAACAUAAAUCUAAACGCAAGGAUGAAAGUGGUAAAAGCUCGGAAAACCAGUUGGGUAAAACUGGCCAGCCUCAGCUCAAAUCAUUGAAUGAUGUUGUGGACAUAAAAAUCACCUGGGGAGAGCAAGAAGGCUCACCAGUACUCAUAUGUCCUGUUACGAAAGAAGGAAACACUAGAAACUUCACCUACGCAUACCUUCGUCCUUGUGGGUGUCUAUUAUCAUACAAGGUGCUCCAAGAGUUGGGCAAAUCUCUCAAGGUUGGCAAGGAGCCCGUAAAAAGUGAAUGUCCAAACUGUGGGUCUGAAUUCCACUACAACUACGAUAUUGUAAUCUUGAAUCCCUUGAACAUCGAUGCUUCUACCAAGUUCAAUCUCGAAGGAUUACGGUAUCUUGAGCAGCAAGGCUUGACCCACUCCAAAAAGAAGUUGAGAAAGAGAUCUACCCGAGACGAAAACUCUAAGAACAUUAAGAAGAAAAGGUUGAAUUGAUAUUUGAUCUUAGGGAAGAAAAUCAUCAAAGACGAAAACGCAAAGAACAAGAAAAGCAAAAAGUUGUAUUGGUUUUGCUUGAUUUGAACCCAAAUCCGACACGACCAGCAGAACAUCUAUCAGCGCACUUUGCUAGUUGACCCGAACCCCAGCUAGAGAGCUCUCUGUAUGUGAGCUACAAGAGCUUUGAGCACUGCUUUAUUAGUUAGAGCAGUUUCUCAACGAAUAUUUCCUGGAACUCACUAUGUCAAGAGUCGUUCAAUACCCCGAUAUUCUAGCAUUCCUACUUGACGUACUAGCACUCCCUAGUAGCCACCCUUAUGUUCUACUUGUCUUCUUGUAUAUCAUGUAUUAUCCUAUGUACAGCAUCACUUGGUGAUGGAAAGUUCUGGAAGAUGAAGUAGUUGUAUUUGACAUGCUUAU